AUGGAUUACAAAGAUGAGUUGCUGAGGGACCAGUUCAUCAGUGGUUUACGGGAAGGGAGCCUCCGACAAGAACUACGUCGACAAGUAAGGCAGCGACCAACCAUGAUCUUUGCACAGGUCAAGGGGGGAACCGUUCCAUGUGGUAGAGCAAGAGAUGGAACAGAGUGGAACCGAAGCAAUAUCUUUCUUUUCAAUUUGCUCCUGGCUGAUCUCCUUUAUAUCUUUAACUUGCCAUUUUUAGUCUCUGUUUACAUGAACAACGGCGUCUGGUACUAUGGGCCAUUGUAUUGCAAAAUAAUGAGGUACCUCUACCAUGCCAAUCUUUACACCAGCAUUCUGUUUCUCAGCUGCGUCAGCAUGGAUCGAUACCUACUUAUUGCACACCCAGUGAAGUCAGCCCAGCUGUUCAAGAAAUGGCACGCAGUGCUUAUAAGCAUGCUAAUAUGGGUCAUUGUCACCCUGGAGCUUUUGCCCAUGUUUUUCUUAAUCACUGUAGAAGGUAUUUCAAACUCUACAGAAUUAAAAUGUCUCGACUAUGCCAGUUCUGGGGACGUAGGAACCACUUUCAUAUUCAGUAUGACGAUGACUUUUACUGGCUUCCUAAUUCCUUUUGGCAUCCUUGUAUAUAGCUAUGUCCUGGUAGUCCGCGUCCUAAAAGAUAUGCAGCAGAGGUUAAAAAAAACCUCAGAAAAGGCAGGCAAGCCUUUAACUCUGAUUGUUUUUGCAAUGGUUCUGUUUUCUGCCUCCUUCUUUCCAUACCACGUCAUGCGGAAUGCCCGCAUUGCCACCCGGAUGUUCUACGAGCCUACGAGCUGCCCUCUCAUCAUCUGCAGAGUACUUUACAACAUCACCAGGCCCCUGAGCAGCCUCAACAGCUGUCUGAAUCCGGUCUUCUAUUUUCUGGUUGGGGACAGUUUUAGAGAUAAGUUACUGUUCUUUUUCAAAAGGAAACCAAAGAACAAAAAGCCUGAAUCAAUAACCUCAGUUAGCACCCCAGCAGAGCCCAUAUGA